AUGGCCUCUCCAAGGGCCAGGGAGGAGCGGAAGCCCUUGUCAGGGCAAGAGGAGACCCUAGACAGGCCUGCCAUGUCCCCCUUUGAGGGCAGAAGGUCUGCCUGUGCGGCGGUGCUCCUGGUAGAGAUUCUGGAGCGGGCAGCUUUCUUCGGCAUUGUCUCAAACCUUGUCCUCUAUCUCAACAGCAGCAACUUCAAUUGGGGUGGCUCGCAGUCUUCACGAGCAACUCUGCUCUUUAUGGGGGCCUCCUAUUUGCUCUCCCCCAUUGGAGGCUGGCUGGCCGAUGCUUACCUGGGCCGCUACCGGACCAUCGCAUUCAGCUUCCUGCUCUAUCUGCUGACUGCCUGCCUGUUGCCUGCCACGGCUUCACCAGAUGGACGGGUUUUACUGUGUGGAGACAGGUCGGCUGAUGUGGUACAGCCCUCUUGCCAAAGAGGUGGCGCUGAGUGCAAGCAACAAUUGCCAAGUCAGUACUGUGCCCCUAUAAUGUAUACUGGCCUACUGCUCCUGGCCCUGGGUAUCAGCUCUGUCAAGGCCAACCUCACACCAUUUGGUGCUGAUCAGGUAACAGAUCUUGGCCAGGAUGCCACCCGACGUUUCUUUAACUGGUUCUACUGGAGUAUUAACCUUGGAGCUGUGAUCUCACUGCUGGUGGUUGCCUUUAUCCAGCAGAACGUGGACUUCCUUAUUGGCUAUGCCAUCCCUGCUGUCUGUCUGGCCUUUGCCUUGCUAGUCUUCCUUCUGGCUGCCCCAAGCUUUGUCACAAAGCCAGCCACUGGCAGUCAAGUCUCCAUAAUGUUCCAGAUGGCCUUUAAGAGAUGCUGCUGGGGCCAAGCAUUUCGGAAGAUCUCCUCCAAAGCCAAAGUGAAUGAUUUCCAAUCAGAAGAAGUGACCAGCCUGCUUUCAGGUCCCAGGCGCCAACCUCAGGAAGCAUCGCAUGACAACAUCUCCAAUUUCCAGGCACUGGUGAAAAUCUUACCUGUGCUGCUCACUCUGGUCCCAUACUGGAUGGUUUACUUCCAGAUGCAGUCAACCUACUACCUGCAGGGGCUGCACCUCCAUAUCCCAAACAUCUUUCAACACAGCAAUUCAAGCAACGGGGCACUCUCAGCAUCUGUAAGCAGUAGCUACACGUUCCCAGAUGCCUGGCUCCUUCUAGCCAAUGUGAUAUUUCUACUGAUCCUGGUCCCACUGAAAGACCGUGUCAUAGACCCAUUCCUGGCAAAGAGGAAGGUGUUGCCUUCAGCACUAAAGAGGAUGGCUGUGGGUAUGAUCUUUGGCUUUGCCUCAGUCAUUGCAGCAGGUGUUCUUGAGACUAAGAGGCUAAAAUAUGUGCACAACAAUAAGACCAUCUCACAGCAAAUUGGGAAGGAUCAUUAUAUCGCAGCACAACUCCCCAUCUGGUGGCAAAUCCCCCAGUACCUGCUCAUUGGAAUCAGCGAAAUCUUUGCUAGCAUUCCAGGGCUGGAGUUUGCCUACUCUGAAGCUCCCAAAUCCAUGCAAGGAGCCAUCAUGGGUCUCUUCUACUUCAUUUCUGGUGUGGGAUCCCUUUUAGGAUCUGGACUCCUGACUCUUCUCUCUGUGCCAGCCAAUGGUUGGAUGAACUGCCCAGAGGACUAUGGGAAUAUUAACAAGUGUCAGAUGGAUAAUUAUUUCUUCCUGCUUGCGGCAAUCCAAGCAGUAACCUGUGUCCUCUUUGUCUGGAUCUCUAUCCGUUAUGAGAAUCAGCAGCGGCCCAACUCCUGCCACCUCUGUAUCAGACAGGAGGACAGCUAA